GUCCCAAGUUUUCGCGGAGAUUCGGCGUCCCCGCUGCGACCAGCACCCCAGAGCCCCCGUCCAUCUGGCGACCCCCAGCCCAGCCCCCGAACUUUCAGACACUCCCUGCGGCCCCGCCCCCUCGGGGACCCCCUGGGGACCCUCGGACUCCCCCCAACUCCCCUGCCCCCUAAAACCACUUCGAUUCCUCAACUGUUCCCCCGGCCAGCGGGAACCCUCGCCAUGUCUCGCUCUUACGGCGGCCGGGUGCUGGCCGCAAUGACCCUGUUGGGCAUCGCGGCGGCCGUGCUGACGGCGCAUUCCAGGUCGGACUGGUUUCUCUAUGACUGCCGCCUCCUCAGACACGUGGCCCUUGGCCUUUUCUGCUGUGGGAUCUCUGUCUACUUAGCAGCACUGUCCAUCUAUGCCUUGCUACUUUUCGAGAUCGAGACAGGCGCAGCAGCCGCUUCCAUCCUCGGCUCGGGCGCCCUGGUUCUGGUGGCUGUGCUGACCCACACUCUCCUCCGGGCUGCUCGGGCCACCCGCCGUGGGCUCCAUGAGUUGUCCCCGCCAUCCUUUGAAGAUGACCUCACCCGCCCUGCUGAAGUCUCCAAGGCCAGCCCCAGAGCUCAGCCUCAGCAGGAUGAGGAAACCGAGGCCCCAAGAGAGGCAGUGACUCACCAGGGGGCCCACGGCCAGGACUGAGCACCAGAGCCAGGAUCCUCACCUGAACCCCGUAAUCGCCAGGCUGCUGAUAUGCAAAUCUCAGACUCUGCAAAAUCCACUGCGCCCCCUUGGGCUGUGAACAUUUCAAACCCAUGUGUGCCAAGCUUGGAGCAGCCCAGGGCCAGAGGCACGGCUGGAGGGCUGGACCCAGGUUCCUGGCUGUGGACUCAUGGCUGAGGGCUUAGCCGCUUUGUGCCUCAGUUUCCUCACCUGUAAUAUGGGGACAAGAAGUGGCCCUGUCUCCAAGGGCUCAGAUGAGACACAUGACUUCAUGUAAGGCAUUCUGGGGACCCCCACACAAUAGGUCCUCGAUGCGUGCUAAUUGUUCUCAUGCUGCUGCUGCUUGGGGUGUAGACAUGGGUAGUUCCUGGGGCUCAAGGAAAUAACAGAGGGGUCUCCAAAGGUCUCCUGUCUUGCACAACCCACAAAUAAACUCCGAUGU